GUGGGCACCGAGUCACCAGGCACGACAGUGGGCUCUAAGUCAGUUGGCACGACAGCGGGCACCGGGUCAUCAGGUACCGGAUCGUCUGGCUCGACAGCAGGCACCGGGUCAUCUGGCGCUGGAUCGUCUGGCUCGACAGCGGGCAUCGGGUCACCAGGCAUGACAGCAGGCACUGGGUCAUCAGGCAUUGGAUUGUCUGGCUCGACAGCCGGCAUCGGGUCACCAGGCAUGACAGCGGGCACUGGUUCCUCAGGUACCGGAUCGUCUGGAUCGACAGUGGGCACCGGGUCAUCUGGCGUUGGAUCGUCUGGCUCGACAGCGGGCAUCGGGUCACCAGGCAUGACAGCGGGCACUGGGUCAUCAGGCAUUGGAUCGUCUGGCUCGACAGCAGGCAUCGGGUCACCAGGUAUGACAGCGGGCACUGGGUCAUCAGGCGUGAUAGGAUCAUCAGGCUGGAUCAGCUGGGUAGAGACAUCAGGCUGAAGUGCGGGUACCGAGGCACCAGGCUGAACCACGGAAGGCAGAUUCUCAGACGGCAGGCUCACCGGUUUGGAUACUGGCAGGAUGGUACUGGUUGGAAAG